AUGCCCGUAGGUAGAAUAGUGACGGUUCGACAGUCGCAGUGCCCAUCUGUACCAACUAGAAGUAUUAAUAAAUUACGUAGAUCGAAGAAUUGGCGCAGUCUCGUGCGAACUCUUGCGCAACAGGCCGCUAGACGGCCCGGGUUUAUAUACAGAUUACGACCAAAUAAGAUGCAUCAAACACGAAGACUGCGGCUCACAGCGAGCAUAAUACUAUGCUUCGUGCUUCAAGCGCAAGGUGCUGACAAGUACACUGACGAGAACAGACCGUACGAAUUCGGCUUCAAGAUCGAUGGACAGCAACACAGACAUGAGUCUAAAGACAAAGAUGGGAUUAUAAUGGGCGAGUUUGGUUUCGUCACUGCCGACGACGUCUACCACGUCACGGUCUAUGCCACGGACAAAGAGGGCCGCUUCAAAAUAUUGUCAAUGAAGAACAUUCACUUGAAGUCAUCUCCCGCCUCGGGUCCUGCGUCACCUACCUCAGCAAGACAAGGCCAUGCUCUACCAUUACCACCUGCUUCAGUCCAAACAUCUGCAGUAUCUCCUGUAGUUCAGACACCACAGCCUGCAAAAGCAUUUAAGCCAAUAUCAAUAGAGCCACCCGGUAGAUCAUGUUCGUCAUGCAGUUUGCCUACGACCACUACACCCGCACCACCACCGGCGUACAACCAAGUUUCGAAUAAUAACAACAUUAAUUCUCCUAGCCAUUUCGGUGCAAUAGGAUCUGGUCCUCAAAAUCAGCAGCCUUUCCUUUCAUCAUCACUUGGUCAAUCCAAUGUACAAAGUAGCCCACCAUAUGGUUCUCAGGGUGGUAAACAAAACUACCCCUCAGGUCAACCAGAACAUCCCCAACAGGGACUCGUCGCACCAGACGCUGGGCCAACGUUUGCUGCACAACCUGUCAGUGGAGGACAAAACUAUCAAGGAUCAAGUCAAGGAGGAUCAGGAGGUGCCAAUUCCGGCAAUAAACAAGUAGGAGGUUCUCCACCAGCAGCUCAGACUUAUGGAGGAACUACAGGACAAACAUAUUCAGGAGAACAGAAUUCUUUGUUCAGUGGUAAUAAUGGAGCUCCUGCAAGCCCCCAACAAAAUAUAGGUUUUGGAAGUCCUCAGCAAAGUGAAGGUUUUUCAAAUCCUCAGCAAAACGUAGGUUUUGCAAGUCCUCAACAAAACACGGGUUCAGUAGGCCCUCAACUUGGAGCUACUGGUUCAAAUUACCCAUCUGCUGGACAAAGUUCUUAUGCACAAGGAGGAACUGCAGGGGCAUCUUCUGCUGGUAGAACCUCAAAGCAAUACAAUCCAGAACAACAGGUUAGUUCAGGAUCUAAUGGUUCUGCUAAACCGACACUGUUUUCAGCCCAAAUGCAAAUAGUAGAUAAGAAUACAGAUAUUCAUGCGCUCGGCCCUGGUGAGCAAAAAGGAUUACCACCAGGUCUUACUCAAGGUGAUAUGACGCAGCUCUUGUACACAUUCAAUUACACAGUUGGUUUCCAUGCUCACUUUGAAGAAGGCUACACUAAUGGAGUUAAAAAGGGUUACUAUUAUGUAACUGGAAGAAACGGUGUCCGAACAAGGAUCGACUAUGUAGCUGAUGAUACGGGCUUCCAUCCUACAGUUUCACAGGAGGUACUCGACUUAUUGUCUGAGGAAGUACCUAAACCUGAAACUGAAAAGGACGAGAAGUACGGUCUUAAAGGCUAUGAAUUUAAAUGGCUAUAUUACCCGGUUGACUCAAAACGACGCUAAUGUGUCUCAAGUCGCUUAAGCUACAUGAGACCUGAUCUUUAAAAUCUGUUUAAGUAUCGAAGUGCCUCAUAGGCUUAUUUUCAUAGCUUUACUAUAAUUAACAUUUAAUUUUAGGUUAUUUUAAUUUUAAGUCGCUGAAAGUAUUACUAUUAACUGUAGUUUUAAUUUUGUUUAAUGUAGCACACUGCCAUGUAACUGCCAUAUAGUAGUGAUCACCAAAAACCACUAUUAGUAGCUUGUUAAGUUCAUAAAAAAACAUAUGUAGACGCAUAGCAAAUUGUAUAUUAAUAUUUUUAAAUGUUAAAAAAAGAAACCCAACAAUAAUAAAAUAUAUUGGA